AAUCGCUCUUCUUCCCUCAGGUACGGCAUCUUCGAGCGCUGCAGGGAGUUGGUGGAGGCCGGCUUCGAUGUCCGGCAGCCAGACAAAGAAAACGUAACGCUUCUCCAUUGGGCCGCCAUCAACAACAGGAUAGAUCUGGUCAAGUACUACAUAUCUAAGGGAGGCGUAGUGGAUCAGCUGGGAGGAGACCUGAACUCCACUCCUCUGCACUGGGCCACCAGACAAGGCCACCUCUCCAUGGUGGUCCAGCUCAUGAAGUACAGCUCAGACCCCUCUCUGAUCGAUGGAGAGGGAUGCAGCUGCGUUCACCUGGCCGCUCAGUUCGGACACACCUCCAUCGUGGCUUACCUCAUCGCCAAAGGACAGGAUGUAGACAUGAUGGAUCAGAACGGCAUGACUCCUCUGAUGUGGGCGGCGUACAGGACACACAGUGUGGAUCCCACCCGGCUGCUGCUGACCUUCAACGUGUCGGUCAAUCUGGGCGACAAAUAUCACAAGAACACGGCGCUGCACUGGGCCGUGUUGGCUGGAAACACCACGGUCAUCAGCCUGCUGCUGGACGCUAACGCUAACGUAGAUGCACAGAACAUCAAGGGCGAAACGCCGCUAGAUCUCGCCAAGCAGAGGAAGAAUGUUUGGAUGAUAAAUCACUUACAGGAGGCGCGGCAGGCCAAAGGCUACGACAGCCCGUCGUACCUGAAGAGACUGAAAAUGGACAAGGCAUAACAACAGCCGGUGUUUCUCGGGAGUUCUGUCACUUGUUUUUCUAAUUAUCCUUCUUUGAACUCCUACCUAUUUAUUUAUAAUGUUAUUCUCUAUAUGUUUUUGAUUUCAUCUCUUAUUUAUUAUUAUAUAUUUCUCUGUCUGUGCAGGGCUUUCUUCGACCACUCCAUGCACAGCGCCCUCCCUCUGGGUAUAUAUCUGGCCACUAAGUUCUGGAUGUACGCCACCUGGUUCUACUGGUUCUGGACCGAUCUCCCCUUCGUCACCGUCCACCUUCCCUUCCUGAUAAACAGCCUGUUUCUGUUCUACAACUUUGGAAAAUCCUGGAAGUCUGACCCGGGAAUCAUCAAAGCGUCAGAGGAGCAGAAGAAAAAGGUGAGGAGUUACAGGAAAGCAGAGGGAAUGUU